CAUGAAAAAGAUCAAUGCUGAGGUGGUGCAUGUGAGUUAUUUUAAAGUUUAAGAGCUUUCUGGCUGCAGAAAGCCUUAAGAAACCUUGUUGACGAUUACUCGUCUUAUCUGGAGGGCACCGACAGGGGGCAGUAAGGAUUUUAUUACUCAGUCUGAGGAGCCGCAAAAGCGACGUGUGCUUUCAGUGGAGCUGUUCGGCUUCGUGUGAACUGCUCUGUUUGUACAGAACAACAUGGUGCUGUUAGAAAACGACGCGAAGAUCAUGCAGAUCCAGUUUAAGAGCUUCAGGGGAUGUUCCCAGCAAAUAUCAGAAUGGAGACUGAUGUGUGUGAAAACUCCAAGUGAUCAGAAGUUUCUGACCUACUUAAACCAGCGCAUCUCCUACCAACAAAGUCACACAGAUCAUGUUUUCAUCCAUUCUGGCCACAUGCUGGGUUGCAUAGAUGAUUUUCUCACUGAACUCACGCGCCUCUUCCAGAAGUGCAGGACCAGCGGCAGCGUGGUGAUCACCUUAAAGAAAUAUGAUGGGAGAACAAAGCCGGUGCCGAGAAAAGGCCACCCAGAGACAUUCGAACCAGCCGACAAUAAAUGUCUCAUCCGAGCAUCAGAUGGCAAGAAGAAAAUUAGCACAGUGGUCAGUACUAAAGAAGUAAUAAAAUUUCAGAUGGCGUACUCCAAUUUAUUGAGAGCACACAUGGACGGCUUAAAGAAGAAAGACAAGAAGAGUAAAAGUAAGAAGACUAAAGCUACACAGUGAAUGAAAAAAAAUCCCAAGUAGAGAGAGAGAGAGGAACUGUUCAUUCAGCAAGACCACCUGACAUCCAGUACUCACCCGUGCCCUGACCUCGACAGCUUCAUGGCAGCUGUGUGGCACUCUAAAGGAACCAAAGGAGUGGAGGUUGUUUUAUCUGCCCGAAUAUUAUCUUGACAUCGUCCCUGUUUGAAACUGUUCGCUCGGUCAAGAUUUUGCCACAAUCAUCGGGUAAAAGUCGGUGGUGCCAUAUGAUGAUGUUGUCUUUGAUUUCAAACUACUUCCUUCUUUUAAAUUUUUUUUUUUUUAAUAAACCCUUUCAUUGUUUUUUAUUCGUCUUAAAACGAUCACUAGCAUCUGCUCCUUGUGUCGUACGUUUAUCUGUAAAUGUCCAGGAUACAGCGUACAGAUUUGUUUUUGACUUCUGAGGAGUAUUUACAUUUUUAUGCUGCAAGAUACUUUUGUUUAUUACUAGAAUUUUCCAUAAAUAAUUUGUCCCAAUCAAUAUUUGUGCCUUGACACUUUUUGUUCACUUCUCUGCGUUUUAUCACAAACCAAGGCAACAAAAUGGAUUUCUAGGUUUACAGUUUAUGUAGUUAUUGUUGUUGGCCCAAACCGUGCAAUGAGCAAGCAUCACAAUGUUUAGAUGAGCUGUUAACUUAUUUUGAGUUCAAAUUAAAUAAAUAUCCCAGUCCA